UAGUUUCAAAUUCUUCACUUUUCAACGUUUGAAAGACAUUGUCAUAUAUAUUUGGCGCUCUAUAUAGCAUUUAUUAUCUUCAAGUUAUGGGAAAGACCACACAAGCACUUGCUGUAGUUUUCGUUGCUAUUUUGAUGUCUUUCAUACUCAAAACUGUGCUAAUUCGUGGCGGGUAUUUUCAUCCCUUGAUUAUAAAUCAUGCACCAGGUCAAUGCAAAACAUACAAUGUGGAUGGAGCUGAAGAUGUACAAGUUUUAGACAAUGGACUUGCGAUCUUUUCAUCGGGCGUUAGGUACUAUACAUCGCUUCAUUGUGACUCACGUGUGUUAGCAAGAAAGGGUCGAAUGUAUUUGUUCGAUAUGAAGGACCCAGAAAAAGAUCCUCAAGAAUUACAAUUAAAAUCGUUCAACAAAACAGGAUUUAACCCACAUGGCAUUUCACUGUACAAAGAUGGCACCACAGGGGUGGUGUCAGUCUUUGUGGUUAAUCACAGACCAGACGCACAAGCAAUUGAAGUUUUUGACUUUGAUGAAAAAUCGAAAACGCUCGAGCUACGUCGCUCGAUAGUAGAUGAGAAAAUCCACAGUCCUAAUGACGUCUCGGCAGUAGGUCCAGACAGUUUUUACGUCACAAACGAUAAUUUCUUUCACUUCGACCGAUUGUUCCUUCGGGUAGUAUCAGUGGUAUUCUUAUCACGUUUUCUGAAGUCUGGCGUUGUGUUUUUCGAUGGUACAAAAUCUUAUGACGUAGCGGGUGGCAUGGUGGGGCCAAAUGGGGUAGCUCAGAGUAAAAAUGGCAGAUACUUGUUUGUAUCCGCUGGAAUGAAUGGUGCGCUUAAUAUAUAUCGAAGGGACGAAGGAGGUUUUCUUCUCAAGCACGUGCAGACUAUUGAAAUGGGUACGUUUGUGGACAAUAUCAACCUUGACCGUAAAACMGGGGACUUAUGGCUUGCAACAAUUCCAAAACCAYUGGAUUUUGUACAGUUUAACGAGAAUAUUGACUAUCCAGCGCCUUCUCAAGUUGUUCAAGUGAAACUGGGAGAAGAAAAUCCACACAGUUCCCUUCCAUUUCCGGCGUUYGAGCUACGUGAAGUUUACAAAAAUAACGGAWGUGAACUCAAAGGAGCCACAGGCGUUGAUGUAUACAACGGCAAGCUUGCCAUUGCAGCUAUUUUUGACAAAUUUAUGGUUUGCGAACUAAUUUUUUAUUGAGAACUUAACGGUUCUGGUAAAACAUGUAAAGGACUGGGUCGAGAGCCAACGCAAAGGACGAUGGAUAUAUUUAGCAGCCGCGCACCUGGUACCUUCCCAUCACUAAAAACAACAUGCAAAUGCAUAGUCCCAUGUUUGCAUUAUGAUAUAAAUUAUAUUUGAAUAAAAAUCCACUAGAAUUACAUAAAAGAACUGUGAUAAACACAAUACUCCAAUUUCGAGUUCUGGUUWGCUCUGUGUUAGCCUYAAAACCAAGYAACAUAUUCUUUURUUUUAUUGAUAGCCCGAGAAAACGCAUGGAAUUUGAAAAGAGMGACAACAGAAUUGAUAUGAAAUGAUGAAAUAUGAAACCUUUGAUUCGAGCACGUUUCCAUAGUUACUUAAAAGUCUGUUUUAAGCACUACGAAAUCUCUUUGAAAUAAAGGUACUUUUCCAUUAAGAACCUCAAAAA